AUGUUGAAAAAAUACAACUUCUUUAACUUUGUGGAAAACUGUACAAAGUUGGUGAGUAAUUGCUAUAUUACAGACACUAUAAUAUAGCAACUUAUAAUCAAUUUUACUAAAUAUGUAUACUGUAGUACAUUUAAUUUGCUAAUAAUUUAAGACCGUGAUGUUUUUGAUGUUAUACUCUGAGUGAGCUCAGUUGGCAGAGCAUUGGACUAGUAUCCCAAAGGUCGCGGGUUCGAUUCCCAUCGUGGCCAGGCUAACUUUUCAGCCUGCCUGCAUGUGUGGAUAUACACUCAGAGUAACAUAAAAAACAUUAUAUUCACCUGAGUACAUAACAUCAAAACAUACACACACAAAAUUAAGACCAUGUUAUACACAAGGCAAUUUUAAUUGCUGCAAAUAAGCGCAAUAGACCUUUCCCCAUAUGAGUGAAAUUUUGAUCUAGACUAGCCUGGACAAAAAUUCCACCACAGCUUGAAAGAGCAUCACAAAAUUGGUAAUAUUCCAAAGUUUCGUUGCGAAAUGUUGUAAAAUGCGGAUAAUAUAGCCUUGCGAAGUUUGCCGUUUUUCAGUCAUUUUGUACUAUACAAAUGGGAAAUUGAUAAUCAGUUUGAUCAUCUGAUUAUCAAUUUGAUCAUCUGAUUAUCAAUUUCCCGUUUGUAAUGCAAAAUGAUCGACUGAAAAAUGGCAAACUUCGCAAGGCUAUAUUAUCCGCAUUUUACAACAUUUCACAACGAAACUUCGGAAUAUUACUAAUUUUGUGAUGCUUUUUCAAGCUGUGAUGAAAUUUUUGUCCAGAUUUGUCUAGAUCAAAAUUUCACUUAAAGGGGGGAAAGGUCUAUUAGCAAACCAAAUUCUGACAAAGUUAUGUUAUAUCUAGAAAGUCUCAUAGAAAACUUGUUGCAGUUUUGACCUGAAAUGAAUUACUUUUUUCAUAGCUCUUUGAUAGCUUUGAUAGCUCUGUCAAUCAGGAUGACGCUUUAUCCGAGGUAGAUAAAUUCGCGUAUUUGAAAGGUCUACUGGUUGGUCCCGCGCAGACAACUAUUGCAGGGUUCACGUUAACAGCAACGAACUAUAAAGAAGCAUUAGAACUCCUAAAGACACGAUAUGGGAAGAAAACGGCAAUACAGAGAGCCCAUAUUCAAGCGUUGAUGAACAUAAAACCAGUAUGUAAUGAGCGAGAUGUACGUCGACUACGGGAAUUGUACCAUGCCUGUGAGACAAACUGCCGAAGUCUGAAAACCCUGGGAGUGGAUGAAAGUUCGUAUGCCACGAUUGUUGUUCCGGAAAUACUCGACAAGCUGCCGGAAUCCCUUCGUUUGACGAUAACUCGUGGGGCAAGGUGAGUGGAUCAGACUUUCUAAAUUGGACGAUGAAGGAUAUUUUAAAAGCACUGCUAGAUGAAAUUGCAUUACGCGAAGCACACGAAUCAUCUACGACGAACACGUCGAAACAAGAACGAAGGAAACCACCAGCCUCGUCCCUGGCGCUUUGAUGUGCUUACUGGUUGCGUGACGCACGCGCGGGAAUCGUGGGAAACCACAGUUUCUAGAUGGAUCGGCUGCUGCUCUUGUGAAUCAUACCACCAGGGAAGGGAAGACAAGAUGCGUAUAUUGUUUACAAGAACAUUUAUCACAAGAUUGUAAGAAAAUUCAGAAUGCUGGUGAGCGUAAACAGAUACUUCGUAAGUACGGACGGUGUUUUAUAUGUUUAAAAAGAGGAUAUAUUAGUAGCAAUUGUUUAAAUACGAGUAAAUGUAGGGCAUGCAGUAAACGACAUCAUAGUUCUAUUUGUGAAAGCCAUGCUAAUGGGUCUGUAACCGCUGAUGUCGUUCAUUCCACACAUUCGUGCGUUGGGUCAGCAAAUAGAGUAGCAUUGCAGACAGCUCAGGCUUUGGUAAUGGGAGGAAAGGAGAAUGUGAGAGUGCGGGUUAUGUUUGACUCAGGAAGUCAACGGUCAUUCGUUACGAGCAAGGUAGCUCAGAAGGCAGGAGUACCAGUAAAGAGGAAGGAAUGGGUGGAAAUUUGAACGUUCGGACAGGAGAAAGUUGAAGGGAAGUUUAGAGAAGUGUUUGAAUUGAGUGUAGCCCCAGUACAGGGGGGAGAGAGUGUUAACAUUGAAGUUUAUGGAGUAGACAGCAUUUCACAGAUUAAGAAUGAGCAUGUAGAGACAAGGAAGAAAGAUUACCCACAUUUGCAAGGGUUAUGGUUUUCCGAUGUUUGUAAGGACAAGAAUGUGUUAGAAAUAGAGUUACUAAUUGGCGCAGAUUAUGAUUAUUUGUGGUUAUUUCAAGAAGGGCGUACUGUUAGGGGCAAGAGUGAUGAACCUGUUGCGGUACAAACAAAAUUAGGAUGGGUGUUGUCAGGUCCACUGAAGAGUAGCUCUGAAGAUGAUGAUGGUCCUACAUCGUGUGCACAGGUAAGUGUAAACCUUAUUGGGCAUGUAACUUCAUCAAAGAAUAGGUCCCUUGAAGCAUGUGUUGAAAAAUUAUGGGAUUAUGAAACGUUAGGCAUAAAGCAUGAAGAGGAAGCUAGUGAGUUAUUAAAUGAUUCAAUACAUUUCAAUGGCCAAAGAUAUAGU